AUGGCUCGCGGCUAUUACCUCGCCCAGGGCCUGAUCCCACUCGGCUACCACAGCAGUGACGACGACGAAGGCCCGUGUGAGCUGCCAAACGGUCGACUUGUCUGUGGACCUCACGGAUUGGUGCAAUGUGGUCGAUGUUGCAGCGAUUACAGCUUUAUGGACGAUGUCCUUGGUGAAGAUGGCCAAGUCUUUGAGGACGACGAGACAGAUGAUGAGGACGACGAGAAAGAUGAUGAGGAUGACGAUUUGGCUCCUUUUGCGGCGCCAUCCGUCAUCGGCGUCGAGCCUUCCCUCGGACCUGAUGUGGUGAGAGGCACUGGUCUGGUGUUCCCCUCCAAGUUUAGACGUCCCGUUAGCCCUCUGCGACCGAUGGAGCUGUUUAGCGGCAGGGUUCGUUUCAUGGAUAUUGUUAGAUGCACCCACCCCAAUGACAAGUCCAUGCUCCUCAUUAUGACCGACGGGGCAUGCCUCAAUAAUGGCCAAGCCAAUCCGAAGGCGGGUUGGGCGUUUUUCCAGGGGCUGAGUAUCCAAGGCCAACCGCUUGUAGUUUCGCAUCGUCUGGAGAAGCAGGGUCCCUGGGGUGAUGACGGCAUCCAGAGCAGCAACCGGGCCGAGCUGCGGGCCGUCAUCGCCGCCCUGCGUUUCCGGCACUGGCCGGGCGAGGGCUUCAGCACAGUCAUCAUCGCCACCGACUCGGAGUACGUUGUGGAGGGCUCGACACGGUGGGCGAAGACUUGGGUGCGGAACAAUUGGAGGACUAUAGGGAAGAAGGGAAAUGGCGGCGCCAACGUCAAGAACAAGGACUUGUGGGAGAUGCUCUUGGGGGAGUGCGAGAAGGCCCAUCGCCGAGGCCUGGCCAUCCAGUUCUGGAAGAUCCCACGUGACUGGAAUGCUCUCGCCGAUCAAGGCGCGAAGAAUGCUGCCGCCGCAGAAGAAACGCCUGUCGAGUGGGUGGAUUGCCUGGGCCUUGCACUGUAA